UUUGGAAAUUUCUCUAAUUAAGAAAAACGAGGGACCCCGGUGGCCAGAGCUAAUAGUUGGUGACACAAGAGGGGAAUUCAUUAUGGACUCUUCCCAAAGGUCUGAAAUAACUGAAAGCCUGAUGCAUCUUACCUCUGAAGUAAUGAAUCCAAACCCUGAAAAAGAAAACCCACCUUGUAAUGCUCAAGAAUUAGAAGAAUGUGAUGCUUUCCUUGAAGAUAGCGCAAGCUUGUGCAGAUUUGAUGGUGAUACUUUGGAAGUCACUCAUGUGAUUAAUCUUGGAAGCAACCAGUAUCUUUUCUCAGUUGUUGUGGAUCCCAGAGAAAUGCCAUGCUUCUGCCUGAGGCAUGAUGUUGAUGCUCUUCUCUGGCAGCCCCACUCUGACCAACCAGAGAACAUGUGGGAACACAUUGCAACUUUUAAUGCUUUAGGUUAUGUCCAAGCAUCAAAGCAAGACAAGAAGUUCAUGGCUUGUGCUCCAGAUUACUCCUACGCUGCUCUUUGUGAGUGCUUGCGACGAGUUUUCAUCUAUCGUCAGCCGACUCCUCUGUCCACAGUUCUCUACAACAGGAAGGAAGGAAGACAAGUAGGACAGGUUGCUAAGCAGCUCGUAGCAACCCUGGAAGCCAAUGAUCCUAUCUUAGGCUUUCAAGCUACAAGUGAGAGAUUAUUUGUUCUCACAACAAAAACCUUGUUUUUAAUAAAGGUGAACUCUGGAAAUUAAUUAUUUAGUAUAUUCUGCUGUAGUUUGUGUAACCAUUUGUUAAAGAACUGGCUAGGUAAAUGAUCUGAGAAGUUCAGUACAAUUUGUUGAAGUUUAAAAAGGAGAUAUUUUACAGGGGAAUCAAUAUUUUUCAUUAUAAUUUGUCUGUAAGAUAGUGAGACAGUUUUUCAACUUUGCUGUCACUGAAGUAAGCUUUCUCAGAGCUAUGGGAAAACGUCUUCUGCGCUAACAGCUUUCUCAAAGCAAUCGUCAGAGGCUGCUAUUGCAUAAGUGAAUAGAUUUAUGCAUUGUUUUUUCCAAAUGACUGUGUUUGCCAUACUUCUGAGUUUUGAGCAUUCACUUCUGUUUUUAAAUGCCACUGUUUACCUAUGAAAGAAGUA